CCUCGCGCUUUAUUAGUGGCGCAGCUCGCCGUGCCUCACUCUAUCGGAGGAGCUCAACGGGGAAACACCAAUGGAAAUAUAUACUCUUCGUUUACUCUUCGUUUAGGAUUAUAUUCUUCAGCAGUUAUUAACGCCGUCCUCACCUCUGUAUAAUCCGUGAUGAGACUGUGAUUUCGAUUGACCAGGAAAAAUAGGGAUAUUGUGCAACAAAUUGACUGAGAUGAGAACUGCAGAGGAGUCGUCAGGCACGGUGCUGCACCGGCUCAUCCAGGAGCAGUUGCGUUACGGAAACCCUACAGACACCCGCGCUCUUCUGGCCAUCCAGCAGCAGGCUCUUCGUGGAGGUAGCAGCAGUAGUGGUGGCGGCGCUGGGAGCCCACGCUCAUCUCUGGAGAGCCUCACACAGGAGGAGUCGCACUUCCUUCAGACGUCCAUGCGUCAGGAGCCACAAGGACAAGAGCACCAGAGUGACUACCAGCACUCCGAGAGCUCUGCGUGCCAUCUCUAUCAGCUCCACACAGAGGAGCUGCCCACCUACGAGGAGGCCAAGGCUCACUCACAGUACUUGGCUGCCCAGAGGGUCCAGGUUGGCCUUCAGCAGACUGGUCCAGAGAUGCUCAGCCCAGAUUCAGGACUUGAACAGGACCAGAACAUGUGGGAUAUGAAACGGGAGCAUGCUCGUUCACUGAGCGAGCGCCUCAUGCAGCUGUCUUUGGAGAGGAAUGGGGCUCACGACCAGGUGUCUAUGAGCUCGUCACACAGCUACCCCCAGCUGUCCAGCAGUGCUGCUGCUGGUAUGCAUGAUGGGCCUGAUCACCGCGGGCCACCCCCAGAGUACCCAUUUAUGGUCAAAGCCCCUGGAUAUAUGCUGAGCCAUUCUCAGGAGAAUGGACUCUAUUACAGGGAACCUCCUGCCUUCCAUUCUCAGCAUCACAGGUACGUCCAGGCCCAAACACAGGUGGCUCGACAAAAUGUCCUGCCUACAGUGACCCCUGCUGGCCAGGAGGUCAUAGUUGGAGGCUAUAGUAUCUCUGCUCCCAAUCCUCAAAUGGAGCAGCUGAUUAAAGAAAAUGAAAGGUUGAAGAGGGAAGUGGAGAGUUACAGUGAGAAAGCGGCAAGACUGCAAAAGCUGGAGCAGGAGAUUCAGAGGAUAUCCGAAGCAUAUGAGACACUUAUGAGGGGAUCAGCAAAGAGAGAGACCCUUGAGAAAACCAUGAGGAACAAGCUUGAAUGUGAAAUCAAGAGACUUCAUGACUUCAACAGGGACCUUAGGGACCGCCUGGAAACAGCUAAUAAACAGAGAGCAGCCAUGGAAGAUCAAGACCAUAGCCAGCAUGCCAUUGCCAAACUGGCUGAACAAAGUGAAGAGCAUCAGCGAGAACGGGAGCAGCUUGAGCGUGAGUUACAGUGUCUAAGAGCUUCUGGAGAGGAGUGGUGUCGGCGUCGCGAGGUGCUAGAACAGGCUUUGGUGUCUGCUCAGACCCGGAACAGACAGCUGGAGGAAGAGCUGCGUAAAAAGAGGGCAUAUGUAGAGAAGGUGGAGAGACUGCAAAGUGCUUUGGCCCAGCUUCAGGCCGCAUGUGAGAAAAGGGAGGCUCUGGAGAUGAAGCUUCGUACCCGUUUGGAGCAGGAGCUGAAGAGCCUCAGAGCACAGCAGUGGCACUCUCAAGGCCAGCAGGCAAUCAGCACUUCUACAUCCAGUGUGAAUGUCACCUCUUUGCAGCAGCGGCUAAGGGAGAGAGAGGAGCGCAUCCUGGCUUUGGAAGCCGACAUCACACGCUGGGAACAGAAGUAUCUGGAGGAGAGCACGAUGCGUCAGUUUGCCAUGGAUGCUGCAGCCACUGCUGCUGCCCAGAGGGAUACAACCAUCAUUAACCAUUCUCCCCGACAUUCACCCAAUAAUAGCUUCAAUGGAGUCUUGCCAUCAUCUGACCACAGACAUCAGGAGAUGGAGAACAGAAUCCGAGCCCUGUAUGCCAAGCUUCUGGAGAAGGAUGCCAUGAUUAAAGUCCUGCAGGAGCGCUCACGGCGGGAGCAGGCUCGCCCUGAACUCGCAGGCCUUCGCCCAGCCCGAUCCGUCCCCUCCAUCAACACUGUCGCCACCACAACUACUGCACGGCCCAAAGGGAAGAGCCUCUCAGAUGACCAGACGGCAGCCGUGACGAAGCCAUCUGCAGCUCAUUCGCUUGCUAAGGCCCAGAGCAGAGACUGUAGCACCCAGUGCGAUGAGCAGGCAGAGUCUGCCAUUUCAACAAAUGCCCCCAAACACACACCUGCACCCAGCUCUGAUGCUACUACAGAAAAGCCUCAGACCCAGACUUCUGUCAGUGCUACCAAGAAUGCCGAGAGUGAAGUGGUGGAGAUCCUCAUCUAAAAACCUUGGAAAGAAACUCAAACUCAACCCAGUCUGAUUCUGUCUCAUUUACACAUUCAGCUCGACGGCAAUUGAAUCUGUGAAAAAUGUAUAAGAAUUGCCAAGCAAAAUCUUCUCAUCUUUAAUGGUGCUCGAGAAGCCGGCCUGCUUUGUGAUGGACUAAAUGAGCUAAAGAGAGAGAGGAACCCCAGAUUUCUGCCCAGCACAGAGAGGAGAGCUGAGCUCCCUUUUCCUAAAAUAAAAGAGACAGUGCUGGGAAAUCUCCCCUGGCUCACCUCCGAAUCCGAGGUACUUGUACAGGACUCUGCAGAACUCCAAGAGGCUGCUGUGAAAUGGCAUAAGAACAUAUAAAACAGUAUAUCUGUGAGCUUUUUUUGCCAUGCAUUUUUAUUUAUGAUAACUGCUGCUGAACUGUGUGUGAGGUUUUUUUUUAUAGAGUGUUGUAUGUGAGUAGGAACAACUGUAGUAAGACCAUUUUUUUUGAAUGUCUGUUAUUGACACCCAACUGUCCAGUUUUCCUUGAAGCAUUAUCCAAGGGACAUCUUAGUAUAGCUUUCUGUGUAAGACUAUAUUCUGCAUUCCUGGAUAAAACACACAGUCACUUUGGUCACUCUGACCAUUAAAUGUCCCAAAAAAAGAACGAUAAGAUUUGCGGGAAGCCAAGUAUAGUGUAAACCGGCAGGCCUAGGGUUACACCAUUUACCAGAAUAGUUUGGUAAAUACCGAUUGACUGAACUCUGACACUCCCUUUGACUAAAUUAACAUUACAGUUGGUGUUCUUAUUAUAAUUGGCUGCCAGUGGGCUUCUCUCACACUGUUUUAAGCAGAGGAAUGAGAAGCCUCCUUUUGUGGACUUAGGCUGCUGGGCACGUACUUGUCUCUUUUAGUGACACUUAAGAGAUGUCACUCGUCUGAGGCGCAGAGGGGAAGCUGAUGUUUUAAAUGCCAGAUUAUCAUUUUGGGCCUCUUACAGCAUCUACUCAGCAUGCCCCUGUCCUGACAACCUGACAAUUUGGAGCUACAGUCUCACAUGCCGGAAUGUUCCUGCUUGGUGAAAAGGCUCUCUGCUGCCUGACCUCUAGCCUGUGUGAAAUGAGUGGCAUUCACGCUAUUAUUCUCUUUCUGGGUCUAUUUAUUUUUUCAGCGCUAUGGUAGCUGGUUCUACCACGAACACUUAAAUCAUAAUAGGGUUACAUGCAUCAACAUCUUCAUAUUUGACCAUGUUUUAUCAUAUUGGUUGUUAUAGUACUAAUAAUAACAAACCAUACCUUUUAUAUAUGGAAUGCAGCUAAAAUGGUAGUUGAUAUGGUAUUAUUAUAAAAUUGUUACUGUCUAACUUGCAUUUCUAUGGUCAAAGCGGCUGCGUGUGUGAGCGUGUGAUGCGACUUUUCUAGUAAGACUAGUAAGCCUGUGUGGGAUUUGAUGGUAAUUUAAGGAUAGACACAUAUUUGUCCAUUGUGGAAAGCCAUUCUCACUCUAGACUGGAAAUGUGGGUAAAUCAGUAUUGUGCCAUGUCCUUUACUGUCACUGAAUGCUACUUUUCUCCCUUACCCUGCCUCCAACACAAAUUAGUUGCUGGCCAAUGAUUUGUAGUGGGAGGCAUAAUGUUUUACUCUCUACUUGGACUGUUUA